AUGAAGCUGAAAACCGGGAACAGAGGUAACUUGAAUGAUCUCCCGGCCCACACUGACGAGCGCACCGCUCGGCGCUGCCGGCGCCGGGACAACGCACCGCAGACCGGGCGGCUUAUGAACAGCAACAACUUUGUUCUCGUACUUCUGGAGGCUGGAAGAGCACAGGAUACACCAUGGGUCUCCUGCCCCUUGUCCUUGCUGCCUUCCCAUCCCCGCCGCUCCUGCAGCUCUCCCGUCGCUGAGAAGCCUCCAAACUACACGGAGGAGCGGCUUCACCACACUAAGGCUGACAGCUUGGAGAAGUGGCACCCAGGAUGUUCUUUGAAUACCUGCAAGAGUGGCGGGAAAGACUGGGCUGAUGAAGCAUCUGACCAUCAAACCAGAGAAAAAGCUCCUGUGGUCCCUGUUGCAGAACCAUUUUGGGAAGACAGGAGGUCACGGCUGAACCCAGCCUCCCCUGUGCUAACUCAGCUCCAGGCACACAUUGGUGCCCCCAGCACUAAUCCAUCUGAUCAUCGCUGGUCUCAUUGGAAGCUUGCAUCCUCCCACAGUUCACCAGUAAUGUCAGGUUACUAUGGGGUCAGAAGAUCGUUCCUCUCAGACUCAGACUUCCACAACACUAAACAGUUCUCAAGUGACGUCUGCACCUCGGGCCCUGCGGCCAAGCCCUUUGCCUGCGAGGCCCCCGCAGGACAGAGCCACCCGGGCCUCCUGGAUUCCUACUUCCCAGACCCCCAUGGAGACCACCGGCCCCCGGGCCUGACCCCCAGCACCAGCUCUCUGCUCAGCGCCUCACCCCUGCCGCCGCUCCUGCCACCACCUUUCCCUGGGGACCCCACGACGCACUUUGUGCUUAGGGACUCGUGGGAGCAAACGGCGCCCGACGGUCUCAGCCAGGCCGACCCCGUGCCCACUGACACCCUGCAGACCCUGCCACCCAACACGGGUUGCCUCUCCCAGCUGGAGUCAGGGAGCACCGCCCCGCACAGGAGCUCGAGCUGGGGGGGCCCCCUGGCUGGGGCUCAGUCCUACUCACUGCAUGCACUGGAGGAUCUGUACCACGUGUCGGGGUACCCCACGCCACCCCCUUAUCCUUUCACCCCUUUCAUGACGAUGUCCAACGACCUACCACACAAGGUGGUGCCCCUCUCCCCAGGUGAGGGGGCAGACACCGCUGGCCUUCAGGACCCUUCUUCAUGGACCAAAGAAGACGGGAGCAUGGCGUGGGGGUCGUAUGAAUGCCGCAGAGCUUACUGA